CAACUUACUAGUAUAAGCUAGAUUAGAUUUGUAAACUCGCCCGCCAAUGUUGGUAAAAUUUAAAUUCCCUCCAUUUACACGAAAUUCAAAUUAAACCAAAAUUAAUUAAUAAACCCUUCUUUACAUUCAUCGAAUUCAUUCAAUUAUGAUGGAUGAUGAAGAAGCUCCAUCAUUCUCUCUAGGCUUCGAUCUCGAUUCACCAAAUCAAGACCCGACUACCCUUAUUGUACCCGAUUCCGACUCCGAUCCUGAUACCCGACCCGAUCCUCCACCUCGUCGUAUUCUCAGCCGUCUCCGUCGCGGUCUACCUUCCUCCUCCUCCUUCGUUCGCCGCCCAACUGAACCACCACCGCCUUUGUUUGUCGUUGACAUCGAUGUUGAUGAUUAUGAUGAUAUUGAAGAGUUCUCCUCCCAAGAUGAACCUGUUCAAGUAUCUGCACAUUCCUCUGGUCGGAAUCGUUCUGUGUGUAGUAGCUCAAAAGUGUCAUUGAAAGGUGCUGGAGUUUUAAUUCCUCAUUCAUCUAUCAGCUCUAGUGAGAAAAAAAGAAAGCAGGAUUUGGAAAUUCCAGAUUCUGUUGGGUUGGAAACCGGCCGAAGUGGGUCGGUGUUUCGCAAGUUUGCAGCUAGUCCUCUUCGCAAGUUUCAAUUGAUUGAUUCUGAUGAUGAUGAAAUGGUUGUUGGUGGUGAAAAUAAACCCGGGCCCUCCUCCUCAACAGGGCCAAUGUGUAACCGAAACACACCAUUGACUUCUUUAGAACAAGAUAGCAAGACACAGUUUGCUGACGUGAACCGAAAUCAGGAGGAUUUAUGGAAAGAUCUUUCCCCGGUGAAGAAUUUUUCCAUUUCUAGGAAUUCUCAAGCUUCUGUUGGGUUGGAAGCUGGUCAGAGUAGAUCGGCAUUUCCCAAACCCAAGUUAGCGGCUAGUCCUCUUCGCAAGAUUCAAUUGCUUGAUUCUGAUUCUGAUGAUGAUCUUAUUGUUGAAGAUGUUAAAGGCACAGAUAAACUUCGCCCCGCUUUGUCAACAGGUAAACGAAACACACCUUUGAAUUCUUCGAAACAAGAUAAAAAGGUGCGGUUUGUUGACGAGGAACAAAAUCAGAAACAUUUUUCCCCAGUGAAGACUUUUUCCAUUCCUACACCUGCCUUCAAUGAUGUGUGUGAUGAAUACUUUCGUUCUGCCAACAACACGCAAGCACCAAAAUCAAAUCACAAUGAGACAUAUCACAGGGUUGAUUCUGAAUGCCAAGAGGAUGAACAAAUAUGGGAAGCGGCAGGUCCUCUCCCUCCCGCACAUCAUUAUUAUUUCCAUGAGGAUUCAAGAAUUCCACAGUUGGUUAGCAGUCGACUGUGUAAUUUUAGUCCAUUAUGUGUCAACGCAUUGGAUCAGCAACAAAAUAUCGAUUACAUAGGACAAUUUGACAGUGGAGGAUCAACAAGAAGACGAAGCAAAUCAAAAAAAUUUAAUGGUUCUGAAGGUUCGGUAGAUCCCAAUAUCAUUUCUACUAGUAGUAGAAAGAAAGCAACAAAGAGAAACAGCACUAAGAGAAAUAAUGAAACAAGCAAAUUAAACUCUUCAGAUGUUUCUGCAAGUUGGGUCGAACCGAAAGAUGCAGGUCAAAGGCGCGUACAAGCAAGCGAUCAAUCAGCUGGUCAUUGGUAUACAGGAUCAGAUGGAAGAAAGGUUUAUGUUGACAAAAAUGGGAAGGAGUCAACUGGCCGAAAUGCUUACAGACUUUAUCGGAAGGAGAGUGGAGCAGCAUCCAAGAAAUCCGAAAAGAAAACAACUGCCAAGAAGCCAGCUGCCAAGAAGGGAAACUGAACAUUUGAUGCAACAUAUUGUUCCCUGCCAGGUCCAACAUUAAACUACUUUUUGACAGGAACCUGUAAAUUACUUGCUGAUACACUUAUUAACAUUACUAACAUGUAAAGAGAGCAUCGGAGAAAACACGCCGUCUUGUAGAAAAGAGAGGACACUUUUUUAUUACGCACAAAACGUGUUGUUUACUAUGGAUACUUACUAGCUAGAUUACAUGCUCAUCUUGCCUUUUUUAAUGGCUAUUUUACUAUAUAUAUAUUUUCCAUGCUUGCGCCA